AUGCCAUUCUUCAUUCCUUCGGUAUCAAUUGUAAACAAAAAUAACAUAUACAAUACUAGUGAUGAGAUUACAGACAUAGAAGAUAACAUUACACACUUGAUCAUACUUGCUAAAGUAGCACUGGAGAAAGGUGACAAGGAAAGGGCUGAGGCCAUAUUGCAAAUGGGUUUGAAAAUAUGUGAAGAAAAUAAUAUUUUUUUUGGUAUACCGUAUAUGUAUGAUAUAUUGGCAACUAUUGCACUUACAGAGGGAGAUAUUAAAAAGGCAGAAGACCUUCUGAUUAAUGUUAUCGAGAAGAUGAUACAGAAUGAGACCUCUGAAGAUAGUUAUCAUAUAAUAGAUUUUAAAUUGCGUCUGUCCCGAAUUUACAGCACCUACAGAGAAUACGACCUGGCAGAAAUUGGGUUUAAAACGUGUUUAGAAGCACAAAAGUCUAAAAUAUUGAAUGGAGAUGUGAGUACCAAGACUGGAAUGCUUUACGUAAAUAUCCUCUUUUGGUACGGCAUCCACAAGAUUCGAAAUUAUAAUUACGAAAGUGCUAAAAUCCUCCUAGACACUGCCUACGACUAUUCCAAUAAAAUAAAAGGACUUAGCUCAUAUCAGGAAAUGGUUAUUCUGUAUACAUUGGCAGACUUAAAUUUAGAAUUGGAGCAAUACGACAUAGCUUUAAUUAACAUGCAAAAUGCAGUUAUGCUAGGAAAAGGAAUUGGAAGCAUGGAUUUACCUCGAU